AUGGAGGACGGUGUCAGGAAGCGCCUACGAGCUGACGAGCCCCAAUCCCUAUCUUCCUUCGACGAGACAUCGCCCUCUAAACGAACCAGAGCCAGAAUUGUCCCCACUUAUCGCAAUGACGAUAAGGACCUACCAACGAAUUCAUCCGCUGCAGAGCACGACGGAGCAAAGAAGCCGGAGAACCCCCGCAAGAUAGCCUCCACAUCUAGCGAAAGUGAGGAGAACGAUGAUGAUGAUGAUGAUGAUGAUUACACUUCCUCCUCUGGCUCCGAUGGCGACAGCGACAGCGAUGGAGAUGAGGAUCAAGAAGCCGAUUAUAGUUCCGACCAGGCAUCCCGCGCGGGUUCUUCGCUACCGCGCAUUUCGGCGCAACAGAAACCUCGGAUACACCGCGUGACUAGGGAACCGGAUCUUCUCUCCCGACUUUCUGCAUUUCUGCCGAAGAUGAAGAGUGCCAAUGAGGAUCUACAGCGAGAGAUAGCCGCGGGGAGAGGCAAAGAUCUACAACUAGACGAAGUGGAGAACCAGGAGGAGGGCCAGUACAUUGAAAUGAACCUCGGACUAGGCGUUUUGGAAGAGAAACGUGCUGACGGCUGUAGCUCUACUGAUGAAGAGCUCCGCGACGGUCCAGAAUCUGCAAACGAUGAAGAUGCCGCAGAAUUGGAUGUUGGAUUGCAGAAAGACUCCGAUAUUCUGGAUAAACUGAUGGGCAAGGAGAAAUCUUCGGAUCAGAAGCCCACGAUUCAAGAUUUGACUGAGCCACGAUCUUCUUAG